UUCCAGAAGCUCUGAGCAAAACCUCCACGCGUCGCUUAAACCCCCUCCGUCUCCGUGUCCGCAGUCGGCAGUUCCACUUUCCCCCCGCCCUCGCCAUGGAUCCCACCACCCCCAGCUCCGGCGACCACACCGCCUCCACCCCGACCAACACCACCGUCACCCUCCCGCCGCUCACCCUCCGCGACGUGCCCCGGCUCCCCGCCGCAGACCCGAUCCCCAACCCCAUCUCCAGCCGCCCCUGCUUCCACCCGCCCCCCACCUUCUACAUCUCCCCGGGGGACGUCUCCCUCCGCCACGCCUUCUUCGACCUCGCCUCCGGCACCCCGGACCCGCUCGUCGCCUACCGCCGCGCGGGCCCGCGAGGGAGCCUCGCCGUCGACCCGGCCCGCGCCCGCGCCGCGCUCGUCACGUGCGGGGGCCUCUGCCCGGGCCUCAACACCGUUCUUCGGGAGCUCGUCGUGGGGCUCCAGGAGCUCUACGGCGUCCGGGACGUCUUCGGCGUCGCCGCCGGGUACCGCGGCUUCUACGGCGCGGACGUCGACCACGUGCGGCUCGACCCGGCCGCCGUGGACGACUGGCACAAGAAGGGCGGCACCGCGCUCAAGACCACGCGGGGUGGCUUCGAUCUCGACAAGAUCGUCGACGGGAUCGUCGCUCGCGGGUACACGCAGGUAUAUGCCAUUGGCGGUGAUGGAACCAUGAGAGGAGCUGUGGCAAUCUUCGAAGAGUUUAAACGCCGUGGUUUGCACAUAUCAAUUACAGGGAUCCCAAAAACUGUAGACAAUGACAUUGGUAUCAUAGAUAGGUCAUUUGGAUUUCAAACUGCAGUAGAGGUUGCUCAGCAGGCGAUCAAUGCAGCGCAUGUGGAGGCUGUCAGUGCUGUGAAUGGCAUUGGUCUUGUAAAACUUAUGGGCAGGAGCACAGGUCACAUUGCUCUUUAUGCCACCCUGAGCAGCCGAGAUGUUGACUGCUGUUUGAUUCCUGAGAUCGAUUUCCACGUUGAAGGGAAGGGGGGCUUGUUUGAGUUCCUGUAUGAAAGGAUAAAGCAGAAGGGGCAUGCUGUCGUCGUGGUUGCUGAAGGUGCUGGUCAGGACUUGAUUCCCCGGACCGAUGAUCAGAAGCGAGAGCAAGAUGAGUCUGGCAACAAUUUGUUCCUUGAUAUUGGCCCCUGGCUGAAAUCUGAGGUGGGUAGGUGGUGGAAGAGAGAACACCCCAGUGAGCUCUUCACUUUGAAGUAUAUUGAUCCUACUUACAUGAUUCGAGCAGUCCCAGCAAAUGCUACUGAUAAUCUGUACUGUACCUUGUUGGCGCAUUCAGCGAUCCAUGGGAUCAUGGCUGGGUUCACUGGCUUCGUACCUGGCCCGAUAAAUGGAACCUACAGUUACAUACCUUUGGAAGAUAUUGCUGUGGCCAAGAACCCAGUGGAUGUGAAUGAUCACAAAUGGGCAUGGGUUAGAUCAGUCACAGACCAGCCAGAUUUCCUAAAACCCCAAGAUUAUUAAGACCUCGAGUUCUGUGGUGACGAAAUAGUAAGAUGAUCCUGUGGUGUGACAAAAUAGUAAGAUGAUCUAACCACCUCUGGACACGGUUAAAUCAAUAUCAUUUGAUCUAGUUCCUUCUCUUGUUAUUUCGACUCUUCAAUAAGAUAUCAGCGAGUGUUCUAUGGUUUGUGUGUAUGUACCCACGAGUUGUUGUAAUUAUGUUGUAUUUUUUCAUAAAUAAAUCUAGUGGCAAGAAAUGGUGUGUUUCUUGUAAGGACGGGGGACAAUAUAUGAUGUUACUUCGAAUGUGGAUAGUUUUCAAUAACAGUCAUUGCUUUCAUGUCAAA